AAAAAUUUUAUUAAUCGAUAUACUCGACACUUCGAGUUGGAAUCUUCAAGCACUCUGUGCAACUCACAAAUCCGAUACAAACCGCCCUUUUGGUGAACAAGCGAAAAAUGGCCGAAGGAGGACAAUCCGCAAUGGAGCCGAGUGCUGCUGCUCCACCAUCUGAUGCCGCACCACCUGCUGAUGCUGCUCCGUCAAUUGCCCCAGAAGCUGGAGGAUCUCAAAUGGGUGCAGGAGGGCAGGAUGCAUCAAUUGGAUUCGUUACGAAGACGUACGCAAAUUACGUUCAGGACAUCCAACAGGCUGCAGAAGGUCUCCGUCAACGUGCCACUGCUCUUCAACAAGAUGGGCCUGCUCAAAUCCAACAGAUGCAGUCGCAGAUCCAAUCACAAACCCAGGAGAUUCUCUCGGCUCUUCAAGAGACUCAACAACCAGUUGGCUUGCCCACUUCCUCGGUUGUUGAGAUCUUUGGAUGGUCUUCGAUCCUUCUUCUCGGAGCCGGGAUUGCCAGCAUCAUUGGUGGAUAUGUGCUCUCGCCAAUCUUUGGAAUAUUCAUUGGAAGAGGUGGUGCUGCAAUUCUCGCCUCUCUUGUUCUCCCAGGAGCCGGUGCAUAUUAUUUGAAUGCUGAGAAUGGCUCAACUUCUGCCACAAGAUUUCAAUUGUUGGUUCUGGCCUUGGCUCAAGGAAUUUUGAUGGGACACUCAAUCUCGUACACUUACUUGGGUGGCCAACCACUUGGAUUCAUCACUCCAUUGGUCAUUGCAUUCGCAUAUCCAUUGAUUGCCGGACAAGUUGGUACAGCUCGUGCUCCAUUGUUGGGCGGUGCAAUUGGGGCUGCUCUCGGAGUUCAGCUUGUGUUUGGAAUCGUCUCUGGAAGCCUCUCAUUCUCCUAUUUCCUAUUGAGUGCACUUUACAGUGUUGCUUCCGGUGCACUUCUUCAAAUUGCCAACAAGAACAUGUCGCCACCAAACAGACACCAUAUGUAUCAAAUCCUCUUGGUCUCCUCGUUCCUCUUCUCGAAGGCUUUGGUCUAUGGAUUGUUUGGAUCUGCUGAACCACCAAAGGCUUGAAUUGAACUUACCCAUUUCUUGUGUCAAUAAAAUGAAUUAGAAUUCUC